AUGCCAUCUACCCAUCAUAUUCUUCUAGCUUUCUGCCUAGUUUCCACGUGUCAAGCAAUUGGUAGAACUCAAUCCACCGCAGUGGAAGUUUCUCCUGAUGAGCUUAUGGAUUCUGCAAAAACCGAUGCAAAUGGGCAUUUUCGUUUGAGUGGAACUGCAGAUGAGAUUUCCGGAAUCGAUCCAAAGAUUAAUAUCUAUCACGAUUGUGACGAUGGAAUUAAGCCCUGCCAACGUCGUAUCACCAUCUUCAUUCCCAGCAAAUACGUGUCCAAUACCAAGCAGCCAUCUGAGACUUUCAACUUGGGACGUCUUCAAUUAGCUGGAAAGUACGAUGGAGAAUCAAGAGAUUGCCUUCAUUAA